GUGGGGUCCCGGGUGUCUGCCUUACCUGAGUGUUGACAGGGAAGGAGCUGAGAGGAAGAGCAGAUGGGGAACUUACCAAGGGACGCAGAGCUCUGCAGGGAGACCACUGAGGAAAAGGUUGAAAGACCAGGGCCCAGAGUGGCCGUUGGCUUAUCCAGAAGACAGCUCUUUUAGGAGAAGGCUUACCCAGCUGGCACUAGAGGGAAAUGCCUGAAGAGGAAGGAUGGCGAUGAACAAGGGCCCAACCCUGCCGGAUGGAGACCUCCCUGAGCAGGAGAAUGUGCUCCAUAGAGUCCUGCAACUGCCUGUGGUGAGCGGCACCUGUGAGCGCUUCCAGAAGACCUACAACAGCACCAAGGAAGCCCACCCCCUGGUGGCCUCUGUGUGCCAUGCCUACGAGAAGGGCGUGCAGGGUGCCAGCAAUCUGGCUGCCUGGAGCAUGGAGCCGGUGGUCCGCCGGCUGUCCACCCAGUUCACAGCUGCCAAUGAGUUGGCCUGCAGAGGUCUUGAUCACCUGGAGGAAAAGAUCCCAGCCCUUCAAUACCCUCCAGAGAAGAUCGCCUCUGAGCUGAAAGGCACCAUCUCUACCCGCCUUCGAAGCGCCAGGAACAGCAUCAGUGUGCCCAUCGCAAGCACUUCGGACAAGGUCCUGGCCAGCUGCGAGCUUGCCUUGGGGGUGGCUAAAGAGACAGCAGAGUACGCUGCCAACACCCGAGUCGGCCGACUGGCCUCUGGAGGGGCUGAUCUGGCUCUGGGCGGCAUUGAGAAGGUGGUCGAGUUCCUCCUGCCACCAGCCAAGGAGGAGUCAGCGCCUGCUUCCGGACGACACCGUGCCCAGAAGACUCCCAAGGUCAAACCGAGCCUCAUGAGGAGGGUCAGCACCCUGGCCAACACUCUUUCUCGGCACACCAUGCACACCACUGCCUGGGCCCUGAAGCAGGGCCACUCUCUGGCCAUGUGGAUCCCGGGUGUGGCACCCCUGAACAGCCUGGCCCAGUGGGGCGCCUCAGCAGCCAUGCAGGUGGUGUCCCGGCGGCGGAGUGAGGUGCGGGUGCCCUGGCUGCACAACUUGGCAGCCUCCCAGGAUGAGAGCCACGAUGACCAGACGGACUCGGAGGGAGAGGAGACGGACGAGGAGGAGGAGGAAGAGGGGUCCGAGGCUGAAGAGAGCGUCAGGGAGGUAACAGCCCUGCCCACCCCGAGAGGCCUCCUGGGUGGUGUAGUACACACUAUGCAGAAGACUCUCCGGAACACCAUCUCAGCAGUGACAUGGGCACCCGCAGCUGUGCUGGGCACGGUGGGAAGGAUCCUGCACCUUACGCCAGCCCAGGCUGUGACCUCCACCAAAGGGAGGGCCAUGUCCCUGUCCGACGCCCUGAAGGGUGUCACUGAUAACGUGGUAGACACUGUAGUACACUAUGUGCCGCUUCCCAGGCUGUCCCUGAUGGAGCCCGAGAGCGAAUUCAGAGACAUCGAUAACCCGCCAGAAGAGGCCGAGCGCAAGGGGUCCGGGGCGAGGCCGGCCAGUCCAGAGUCCGCGCAGCGCCCAUGCCAGCCUCGUGGCAGCUCGCGCAGCGUGCGGGGGCUCAGCGCGCCCUCCUGCCCCGGGCUUGACGACAAGGGGGAGACGUCGGCGCGUCCGGGCUUCCUGGCCAUGCCCCGGGAGAAGCCUGCACGCAGGGUCAGCGACAGCUUCUUCCGGCCCAGCGUCAUGGAGCCCAUCCUUGGCCGUGCACAGUACAACCAGCUGCGCAAGAAGAGCUGAGCCGCCUGUGUCCCUGCUAGCCCCGGCGCCACCGCACGGAAGGGUUGCUUCUCCACAAGGAAACAGAAACGACACUUCUAAUGGGUCUCUCCUUCAGGGGGGCCCCUUGGUAGCCUGAGCCACACCUCCACAGUGCUGUCGAGGCACACAUCGCUUCUAAAGCAUCCUUUGGGGGCCUGACCAUCACAGGCAGUUUUUAAGGGGCACCAGAGCAGCGGACAAUUCUCAUUUCAUGGCUUUCUUUACUUUUCUUUAACUAAAAAAGUAAUUGCUUAA